AUGUGGAAGGACUCCAGCAAUGAUGAUGCCAGACCUGUGGCCUCCAGCAGCGGCUCCUCUCGCAGCGCCAGCCGCAGGAAGAGGACCAGCUUCUCCAAAGAACACGUGGAGCUCCUCCGCGCCACCUUCGAGACUGACCCAUACCCUGGCAUCAGUCUCAGAGAGAACCUGUCCCAGACCACAGGCCUGCCCGAGUCACGCAUCCAGGUGUGGUUUCAGAACAGAAGAGCUCGCACCCUGAAGUGCAAAGGAGCCAAGAAAGCUCUGUGGCAGUCUGAUAGCCCAGUCCACGAUGCUCUACCCCCACAUCAUGCUGUAGCCGGCAGGAGCCCCCAGGUUGGCUCAGUCCAUCUGCUGCCUCCGGGGCCUCCACCAGCAUACCCAGCCCAGGUGAAGGAAGAGAUGGAGGAAGCCUGCUACUAUGACCAGCGCCCUCCAGCCUACUCCACCAUCGAGGAGCAUGAACACCACAGCUCUAUGUACGGGCUCCAGCAGGGCAGGCCGCUGGGAAGCAGCUCCAGCCCACCCUUGAGGGGCUUCUGGUCCCAGCCUGGCAGCCAAACCUCCCCUCUGUGGAGCCACUCUCCCCUGGAGAUGAGAAACUACAGCUCCAACCAGGCAGCCUUCAUGUAUCCAGGAUCAGCAGAGCAGCAGAUGUAUAUGCCCCACUCCACCUCCCACUCCUCAACUCCAGACACCCCUGACUCCGGGUACUGGGAUGCCGGUCUGGAGAACAGCCCACCACUAGAGGGUCAGUACUCGCAGCCGGAGGAUUCGUGGAGCGGAGCUGCUUUGGAAAGCUGCAGGGAGUCCGGACUUCCAGCCGUAGUCCAUCACGCCCCGCUGCCAGUGCUGUCCCUGCAUGAGAUUCUGGGAGAGCUGGAUGAGGACUGGCUGGGAGGAGAUGGACUGGACAGCCAAGCUACUGGAGAUAAAAUGGCUUUCUGCUAA